AGGUCGAGUCAGUAGAAUAGAACCGUAAGCUGCCAGUGACAGAGCAAAUCAGGCAGAGAUUUCAAGCGGCGAAUUUGCUGAGUAUAUCAACAGAAAAGGGCGACGAGAGGCGUUUAAAUCGGCUUUUCCCGCAGCAAACAACAUGGACUAUUUGCAGGCCCUGGGGGUGUACGGGGAGAUGCUGCAGAUGUACCUGGAGCGCGUUCGACAGCUGGUGAACUCCAGCUGCCAGGAUCUGGAGGCCUGGCAGAUCAUCGCAGGCACGCUCAGCUCCACUCUGCUGGCCGUGUGGAUCAAAGGACAGCUCUUUCAGCGGGAGAGCCUGACGUUGAGGAUAAAGAAGCAGUGCUUUCGGUUGAUCAGGAAGAUCCCUUUCGUUGGUGCUUCAAUCCAGACUCAGCUCAACAAGGCGCUGGAUGACAUGUCGGUGAGCCUCUGCACGCUGAAGGACGGGAUGACCUACAUCAGAUCUCUGCCCGCGCAUGGGCUGUCCCAGGGACAGGUCCUGGACGCCAUCAAACAGUACGAUGCCCUGGGUGAGGUCCAAUGGGAGAAGGGGAAGGUGUCCGGUGCUGUCUACAGUGGAGAUGCCAAGCUGACAAACCUCCUAGUGAAGGUGUAUGGAGACUUUGCCUGGAGCAACCCACUGCACCCCGACAUCUUCCCGGGCGUGAGGAAGAUGGAGGCUGAGGUGGUGCGGAUGACCUGCACCCUCUUCCACGGGGGACCCAGCUCGUGUGGAACGGUAACGUCGGGAGGAACGGAGAGCAUCCUGAUGGCGUGCAAGGCCUACAGAGACAUGGCGUACGAGCGGGGCGUCAAACACCCAGAAAUCCUAGCGCCCGUGAGCGUCCACGCAGCCUUCGACAAAGCGGCGCACUACUUCGGCAUGAAGCUCGUCCACAUUCCCCUGGACAAGGAGACCAUGAAAGUCGACGUCAAGGCCAUGAAGAGAGCCAUCUCCAGAAACACGGCCAUGUUGGUGUGCUCCGCCCCUCAGUUCCCCCACGGAGUCAUCGAUCCCAUCCAGGAAGUGGCUCAGUUGGCUGUGAAGUACAACCUUCCCUUCCACGUGGACGCCUGCUUGGGAGGCUUCCUCAUCGUCUUCAUGGACAAGGCCGGCUAUCCGCUUGCCCCCUUCGACUUCCGGGUCAAAGGUGUGACCAGCAUCUCCGCAGACACGCACAAGUAUGGCUUUGCCCCGAAGGGCUCUUCGGUGAUCCUCUACUCAGACCAGAUGUACCGUCACUACCAGUACUUUGUGGCCCCGGACUGGCAGGGGGGCAUCUACGCCUCCCCCUCGGUGGCGGGCUCUCGCCCCGGGGGCAUCAUCGCUGCCUGCUGGGCCACCAUGAUGCACAUGGGCGAAGACGGCUACGUGGAGUCCACCGGGAAGAUCGUCCAGACCGCGCGCUUCAUCGAGGCUGAGUGCCGUGAAGUAGACGGGCUGUUUGUCUUCGGGCAGCCCGAGGUGUCCGUGGUGGCCCUGGGUUCCACUGUCUUCGACAUCUUCAGGUUAUCCAAUGCCCUCACCGCCAAAGGCUGGAAUCUCAACACGCUGCAGUUUCCUUCCAGCAUACACAUCUGCGUGACCCUGCUGCACACCCAGCCGGACGUGGCCCAGCAGUUCGUCAGGGACGUCGCCGACCUGGUGGCCGUCAUCAUGAGGAACCCGCAGGAGAAGACCACUGGCAUGGGAGCCAUCUACGGCAUGGCCCAGUCCAUCCCCGACCGCUCCAUGGUGACGGAGAUCUCGUGCGGGUUUCUGGACUGCCUCUACAGCACGGAGGCGCCGGUCCCCACUGCUGCUCCGGAGAAGAACCACAUGAACGGGUCGUCCAAGCCACACUGAGGCCGCCGGGGCGUGGCCCUCCAGUGUUCAUUCCCCCUUUCGUUGCCUUAUCUUCUUCUUUUUUUUAAUUUUCAUCCCGUUUUCUAAUUUCCUGUCAAAAGCACAAAUCAUUGUCCUUCUUCUGGUUAGAGAGGAGUUUCCGGCUCUUCGGGAGAGACGUAAGGAUUGUAAACGACCUAACGAGGGAGGAACAAACCUUUCUCAGACGUGGGGGGGUUUGGGUCAGUUUAUUUCAUGCAUGUUUUAACUUGGGAGAAAAUUGCGAUUGGCUGAACUUGCUCUUGGCGCCUCUUCUUCGAACCACACCUCGUUUGAACCUGAGCGAGCAGCUCCGGAUGUUGAUUGGCUCGUGUAGGUUUCGAGUUGAUCAGAAUUCUCAGCAAGCCUUCCCAAAAAAAAAAGGCUUUUGCGAUUAUAGGUACUACCCUGUGACUUGUAAAUCACAGUGUUAUUGGGUGAUUAUAAAUGGAUAGCCUGCUCUGGGGAAUGACCACUAGCAGUACAGAGCCAAAAACCUCUCAUGAUCCAUGCACGGCUGCCUAUUGGUCAGUGCCGACCAACCAGAGCUUUCGACAUUUAGUGUCUGUCCAUGUUGCCGUUUCCAUUUCACUUUAUUAUAAACCUGAAGUCCAGGUCACCUGAAACAGCCCGGCCUCUUCAAACCGGUCACAUACAGCUCAUUAGUAACACAAGGGAAAUGAGAGCUCUGUCGGAAGCCAUUUUGUCUACAGCCCUCAGGCCAUGAAGAGGCACCUGGAUAUGCUGAACUAGGACAGCAGAAUACGGCCUCCGCAUCACCAUAGCAGAAUAAGGCCUCCGCAUCACCACAGCAGAAGAUGAACAAACCAAAACCCCCAUGCUCUAGAGGAAAAGCACUUUAAACUGGGAGCUGAGAAACUUUUUUUUCUUGCAAAGAAUCUAAACGAGCAUGUUGGGAUUGAUAUGAUAAACCGAUCUUGAAGCCAUGACAUGAUACAAAAACGUGUUUUAGUAGAGCAUUUCGCAUAGGUGAUCCAAAACAAAAUUGAAUUUGCGAAGAUAGUGUGAAACUUUAGUAAAAAAUGAAGGAAUGAGCAAUGAGAGAGUAGCUUGAGUAGACUGUAGGUGUACCACUGUGCUGGCUGUGCUCCCAGUCCUGAAGUCCUUCACAAAUACGAAUGUAGGGUUAGUAACAGGGUCCUCGACAUUAAAUUACAGCAACAGGUCAACAUGCAACAGCUAUAAUCAGGGAAUUACUUUGAGUAGAUUAUUUUACAGCAAAUGUUUUCACACCUAAAUCAGAGGCUGUGGAAAAGUCCUGUGUCAUGUGACUUCAUUUACACAUCUCACACUAUCAUCUGUAAUCAGUAAAACAUAUUAACUGUUCCUAAAGAAGUGCCUUUUAAAUUCCUUUUAAUGGCAAAUAUGACACAGGAAGCCAUUUUGCACAAAAUAUGUUGAAACUGGCACCAGGAGAUGUGCUAUGCUAUUCUAGUUGUUUUUUGCCCUCAAAAGUCAUUUUGAUCAAAAGUAAUGAGCAUAACCAAAUCUUGCUUAAUACACUAAGUGCGCUCGAGGCAUUGAAAAAAUAAUAUUGAAGGUGUAGUAAAUAUAUGUGUACUAUUAUACUAAUUUAUAUCUUUAAUUCCUUAAACAUAUAGUGGAGGCGAUGAGAAGGGAAUUCUCUUUGAGAGCGGAAAUACUCAUUUGUUCCGCAACAUAAGAGUCUUGUAUGAUGAAUGUGGACAUAACGGUUUAAUUUAUCAGCUAAUUUAAAGCCAGGUUCUCUCAGUUCUUAAUGGGAUAGGAUAGUCGGUUUGUGAUCGAAAAGGAAAAUGAAUUUGUUGUGCGCACGUUUAGAAUGUUCUGAGAUAUUUGACCGUACGGGAACACAAAGAUCCAUUCCUGAGCAGAAGUGUAUGUUUUGAAGGAAUAACUUUGAAACGGUUUAGAUGUUCUGAGAAGGUCCAUUAUGCUUUGUUGAAUAUCCAUAUCCAGAGUCCAUUUCAGACACGACCUGGGUCAAAUGCGUAAUUGUUUUGGAUUCAAAUGCUUUCAUAUGCUUUACUGAGCUUGCCUGAUGUGUUCGAAGCUUUGAAAUUAGCCAGCUGGCUAAAAGUAGCACAUUUACAGCAAUGGUCAUUAAUGUGCAUAAUGUCCCUGUUUCAACUAACUAAUAAAGUAAAUAUUCUCAAGACGUAUAUACCCUGCCUCCUGGUCCUCUUGAGUGGCUCGCAAGAUCACUCGAGCCCAGAAAAUGUUUUGAAUCCAAAACAACGACGUAUUUGACCCGGUUUCAGACAGCCCACCUGUAUGGCCUACUGUCUCUGUAAAUGAACAUAGUCCAUUGCACCUGAAACCCACUGAAAACCCUAUUACGUUUACCAGUUUAUAGACCACCAAGCAACAUUUGUAGCUAUUCACAUAUACUUUACCCACAGUAUCCCUUGUUCUUGUCCCAGAAAUGUCUGUCCACUAAAUGCAAAAAAUAUAUAUCGUAUAACAAUUCAGCUGCAAUGUAACAUGAAACACUUUCUCUCUUAUUCGCUUGCUCCAACGGUUAUAUGUUGUGAAUAUUUUUGUUAAGUCUUUUUAAAUUUUUAGGUGCAUUUGCAUUAUGCAUUUUUUUGCUACUCCUAUCUACCUCACUAUGUCCAUAUUACAAUGCAAUGGCGUUUCACGUGGAAGAAAACGGUGGAUUAAGUGUCGUUUCAAAAGAAGCGAAGCAAACGCUUUGCAGAGCAACGCAAUUAAACCACAGGCUGCGUGUUCUUUUGUGGUAGGGAGUCAUUAUGAUUCUUGCUUUUUAAUCGUUUCCAUAACAAUUUCAUACAACAUAUUUUAAAAGUUAAUCGUUGAUGUGGGAUGAUACCCCAUGGUCAGUUUUGUGUCUCGCCUGGUGAGUCCUAUCUGGUUCCUGAUUGGCUGGAAUGGGAACCCGGAGAGACUUCACCAGUGCUGUGGCCACAGUGCAGGACACCGUGGUGGGUAUACCCAAACAUGCGAAUACAGUUUGUCACCUGUCUGAAAUGUUUUCAUUAAUCAUUAACUGUGUCAGAUAUUUCAAUGAGUCCUCUUUUUCCUGUUUGUAUGUGUGUGGUUUUUUUUUUUCUCCAUUUUAUUUGGUUCUAACUAUGUGGAAUUUGAACAUUUUGGGGUCAAUAUGAAUCUGAUUUAUUUUCUUAAUUUUUAUAUAACAUAUAAUAAUUUCAUUCCAUUGUUACUGUGUGCAGAAUGUGACCUAAACUUUCAAUUUUGAGGGUUCAGUGUUAAACGGAAGCAGCCAAAAAGUGACACAUCCCACAAUAUCUUGCUAAUGUUUUAGAAAUUAAUGUACGUAUGCAUCAAUGUUAUGAUUUGCUUGCUGCUUUAAUGUUUAACUUGAAGCUUGGCCUAGUGAUUCAGAAUGAAAUCCGAAUUAAUAACCAUUUUUGGAGUCUCUCCCCACACACAAACAGGCAUACACGUAUUUCAUCACUCUCUGCAGGAAAUGGCAUUGGGAGAUAUGCGAUGUGGUUUGUCCGUGAGUUGUCACUUUUGACGGCACAAUCAUGUACGUUUGAGUUUGUGCAGCAUUCACCGGUAUGCCUUCUGGGUCCGGCCCUAGCGCACACACAUAAGGUAGCCCUGUCUCAGGAAACUCAAUCUAGCAGCAAAAUAUGAAAUGUCAUGUCCAAUAAGGUCGGUGGCGCUUACAUAGACUGCCCGGUUUUGUAUCGGUUGUUGUUCCUGGAAAGAAAAUAAAUAAUUUAAAAGUA